UGUACUUCAACGCCCUACAGCUGCCUGCGCCGAGCAUCGCCAGACCAACAGCUGAAAAUCGACGAGUUUGGCGCAAUCGAUUCGACGCCCCUCUCUUCUCGCUUGCGACCGAUCACCUUCGAAUUCCAUCUCCAGACUCGAUCCCCAGACGAUCUUCAUCGCCACCAUCUACUAUUAGCUGAGCUCGACACUUGCACUGAUGGCGGCGAUGGAGGCUCCCAAAGAAGCUCUUGCGGAUGCGGCUGGCGAUGGCAUGUCAACCACUGCUCCCGCUGUUGCUGCUGCUGCCGCUCCUCAUGACCCUCAUCGGCCGCAGCGGAUUGUCGCGUCACAUCCUGCACCUACUCAGCGAAACGCAAUGGCCUCACGCGAUCGAUUUAACCACCAGUCGCUCGGCGCAUCUCUGAAUUCCUUGGUCAAGCAUGCGCGAGUGCUAAUGGUGGGCGCUGGAGGCAUCGGAUGCGAGCUUCUGAAAAACCUGGUGCUCAACGGCUUCGGCGAGAUUCACAUCGUCGACCUUGACACGAUCGAUCUAUCCAACCUAAACCGCCAAUUUCUCUUCCGACAUGAACAUAUCAAGAAAUCAAAAGCAUUGGUUGCCAAAGAGGCGGCACAGAGAUUCAACCCAAACGUCAAGAUUGUUGCGCACCACGCCAACAUUAAAGACUCCGAGUUUAGCGUUCCCUGGUUUCGCGACUUCAAGAUCGUUUUCAAUGCUCUGGACAACCUCGAUGCGAGACGGCAUGUGAACAAGAUGUGCUUGGCUGCAGAUGUUCCGCUUAUCGAGAGCGGAACGACUGGUUUCAACGGCCAAGUUCAAGUCAUCAAAAAGGGCAUUACUGCGUGUUAUGACUGCACUCCCAAAGAGACGCCCAAAUCUUUCCCUGUCUGCACCAUUCGAAGCACGCCGAGCCAGCCAAUCCACUGCAUAGUUUGGGGCAAAAGUUAUUUGCUAAACGAAAUCUUUGGCGUCAGCGAAGACGAAUCGGCUUUUGAUCACUCGGCGGAUGCGGAUAAUGCCCAGGAAAUCGAGGAAUUAAAGAAAGAAUCAGAGGCUCUAAAGAAAAUCAGAGACGCAAUUGGAACACCUGAAUUCCCGAAAAUGCUCUUUGACAAGGUCUUCAAUUCCGAUAUCGAGCGCUUGCGGUCUGUAGAAGAUAUGUGGAAAUCGCGUCGCGCUCCUGAAGCGCUCAAAUACGAUGAUUUACUCGCACGAGCUAGCCAAAACGUCGAGUCAAAAGACGCCAUACUAGCAGACGGACAGAAAGUCUGGACCCUUGAAGAAAGCCUUAUUGUGUUCAAUGACAGCCUCGACCGGCUUAGCAAGCGACUACUUCGGCUGAAAGCGACAAAGGAUGCUGCUUCGCCUGAGCCAACUAUUACCUUUGACAAAGACGACAUUGAUACGCUGGAUUUUGUAGCAUCUAGUGCGAAUAUUCGCUCCACCAUAUUCGGCAUUGAUUUGAAAUCGCGCUUCGAUAUCAAGCAGAUGGCUGGCAACAUCAUACCCGCCAUCGCCACAACAAAUGCUAUUGUCGCCGGCCUCUGCGUUUUGCAGUCCUUCAAAGUGCUCAAAGGAGAAUAUGCGCAGGCUAAAGAAGUUUUCUUAACGCCUUUUGCUAGCGCAAGACUGCUGGCUCCGGAUAGGAACCGAGAGCCAAACCCCGACUGUCCUGUCUGUGGCGUUUAUUACACCAGUAUUAUUGCCGACCUAAGUAGAGCAACGUUACACGAUAUCGUCGAGGGUUUAGUGAAGAAUCAGUUUGGCUAUAGAGAUAAAGAAUUCUCCGUGAGCAACGAUGUUGGCGUAUUAUAUGAUCUUGACGAGACGGAUAAUCUCGAGAAGAAGCUCACAGAACUUGGUAUCAAGGGAGGCAGUUUCCUGACUGUCACAGAUGAGGACGAUGAAGAUGUGCUUGUUAAUGUGGUAAUUGAUAUUCAGGAUGGAAUCUUGGAUAAUCAGAAAGAAUCAUUCCGUCCGGUACAUGCCGGUCGUCCCGAAAUUCCUCAUAAGCCAAAGAAAUCCUCGCCAGCUGAGACCAACGGCAACGGCCAUAGCCAACAAAACGGAAAGCAUUCUCUGGACGAUGAAGUGGUAGAGGAAUCUAAGGGCAUUAAGAGGGCGCUCCCUGAUGAUGAGAGCCCCCCUUUCAAAAAGGCCAAGAUCAUCAGCUCUGCAGAUGAUGACGUGGUAGUCGUAGAAGAUGCCGGUGGUGCCAUCGUCAUCGACGACUGAUUAUAGCAUUCCUGACAGGCUUGCUGCAUUGUCUUUAGGCAGCACUCAGCCCACCAUCAAGGUUGAGGAUACAAUUGUUUGCGAAGCCGUUGGACGCUAGAAAUAGAGCGGCAUCGGCAACCUCUGCGGGAUCCGCUACUCUAUUAAGGGGCGUAUCUUUGAGGUAAGCUUGCUGAAUGUCUGGCUUGAGAUCUAAUUAUGAGAUGUACAUUAGCUUGGGCACAUGAGAAACGAGAGCAUUAUACUAUAGGGAUUACGAGAGAACAAAAAGUGGCUAGAGGAAGGAGGAUACACACCAGUCCACAUGGAGCUGUUGACCCAACCGGGCAGCAGAGCAUUUACACGGAUAGAACGAGACGCCAUUUCACGGCACAGGGCACGGGUAAAGCCUAGGAGAAGAUUAGCUACUUCCUACCACAUGAUGAAAUGUAAAAAC